GAUAAACUGAGGUUUAUGUCCUGACGUAGUCGCUAAACUAGCUACUGAUGCAGUGUGCGCAGAGAGUGCAUCAGGAGGCAUGCAGAGUGGUGGAGACCAUGUGGAAUAGAAGAUGCUGAGAUGGCGCGCGAUAAACUUGGAAGCAAGUUUAGAGCAUAGAAAAAAAUGUAAAAAAAUAAACUUGGGUAGCAAAUUUAUGCCCUAAAGAAAAUGAAUAAGUACUUUCUAAGAAAAAAAAUUCUAUUUAUUAAUAUGAAAGUUAUUCAUAUCCAUGAUUCCUUGGUCAAUGGUUUUGGGAACUUGGAGAUUACUAUAAAUUAGCCAUGAGAUCGAUUGUAUUUCACAAGACAAUGUGGCAGAUUAUUAUAGAGAAUUCUUUAAAAUUGUUUUUGGAUUAUGUUGAAGCAGACGCUGAAAUACCAACUAUAGAAAGAAAAAAAUUUGGAUAGAUUAAAAAUCUUUCAGUACUAAUUGUUAGGAUUUUAACAAGUUGCGUAAAGCUUGUUAAACAAGUCUUGUAAAAAUUGUUUAUAGAAAUUUCUACUAUAGCAAAAAUAUUUACUAAUUCCAUAGUCUUUUGAUUUAUCUUCUGUAUUAUUUUUUAAUUUAUCUUCUAUAUUAUUUUAUCAGUUUAUUGCAGUGGUAUCUUGCAUAUACUUAAACAAUACAGUAUAUUAGCAUCUCUUUCACUGGUUGGGUGAUUUGAAAAUUGCAUAACCCCAUCAUCUGUCAUCUUAAUGGAUUGCUGAAUUUCAUUAAGAAACGAAACAAAAAUAAUAUAUUUACAUAUAUAUAGUUUUAUGAGGCUUGAUACGUUUAUGCUGGCCCCAUGUAAUUGUCAUUCUUGCCUUUAGCUUUCUUUAAAUUUUUUUUUUGUUAAAAAAUCUUUCUUUAAUUGUUAACGUUAGAUAAAAUGAAAUAAUUUCCUGUAUUAUUUAUUUAUUCAUUAUUUUAGCAGUCUAGUUUUACUUCUCCUUUACUCCAACCCCGAUUAUUAUUAAUUAAGAAAAAAGUAUUUUCAAUUGGGAAAAUUAGUAUUUAGAAAAAGAAAAAAAUAACUGACGGCAAGAAAAAUUGUAGGCACGCCAUGUUCGUCUUUUACAAAAUGUCUCUUUAUUUAAAUAAAUGAAUUUUGUAUACUACCUUAUUUUUGUCCACUAUACUGGGAUUGAUUGUUAACGGUUGUGAUUUCAUUUUUUGACUGUAGAAAUAUUGCUGUGGUUUUUAUUGCUUUGGAUUUAGAUUUUUAAUUUUUAAAAAUCUUUAAAUAUGGGCUGUAGGUUUUUGUCUCUGAAGAGAAAUUGUAAAGACAUAAUUUCAAAGAAGUGCUGUGGAUUUUAUAAAAAGGCUGUAAACUUAAAAAAAAAUAGAAAUCAAGAUUGGUGUAGAUUUAGUGCUCUAGAAAGAAAUGAAGCUGUAGAGAGCACUCACAGCCACUACCAAUCACACCCACUGUAUAUUAGUUUACUAACUUUUCUAUUUAUUAAUCCCCUCCCGUCGGAUUCCAGCUACAAACACGAAUAUCUAUAUAUUCCAAAAAGCUAAUAUAACACAUAUAACACGCUAUUAUACAUUUCAUUAUCACCAUUAUUUUAUUUAUUCAAGAUUAAAAUAAAAUGGGCAGACAUGGAAAAAGUUACAGUGUAAAUUAGCUGAAACACACCUUACAAUUUAAAUAAAAACCCAUUAGAAAAAAAGAAGAGAAAACAGUAUUAUUUAAUUUCGAUAUUUUCAAAAUCAAAAACACGAUUUAUAUAUAUAUAUUUUGUUUUGGGCAAUUCUCUCAGAUAUCUAUUUUAAAAUUUUUGUCAUAAAAAUAGCAUUAAAAAAAAAACCAAAAUAGCUUUUUUUUUUUUUUUAAAUUUUCAAUAUUUUUUUUUUUUUUUUAAAUUUGAAACCAUCCCAAAAACUCCACCUCUUAACUCUAAGUCUAGAAUAUAGAAUAAUUAAUUCUAGAGUAAAAAUACAUUUUUAUCUUUUAGUAAAACUUAUUUUGGUAUUUUUUUUCAAUAAAGACUAUUUUGUGACAAAAUAGGUGACUGGUGUUGGCUGUGAGUGCUCUACACAGCUAUAAUUCUCUCUAGAACAAUAAAAUCAAAGCAAUCAGACUUUAUUAGUAAAAACUAAAGUUAGAGCCCAAAAUCUUUAAAAAGACAUAUAAUGCCUCUAGAAAUCAAUUUUUCUACGAUUUUAAAUUUAGUGCUUUUAAAACUUUGAAAUAAACCUACAACAAUAUAAUUUAAAACUAAAACCACAAAAUCUACCGUUUAAAUCUUAAAGCAAAAAAUCCAAAGGUACAGUCUCUACCAAUCAACCAAAAAACUAAAAAAGUGCUAUCCUAAAAAAAUUUUAUAUAUUUUCCUCAUGUAAAUCACAAAGCAUAAAUAAAUCUAUUUUCCCCAGCUUCCUCUCAAAUUUUUAACUAAUUUUCAAGCUCUGUUCUGUUCUUAGCCAUAUUUUUCUUCCCUUAAAACGUAUCUCCUUAAUAUUUACAUUUUCAGUUUGAUUUUUUGUUCUAGAUCUUAACUAUAUUUCUUUGUUAAUUAAAUUUAUUUGUGUUCUUAAUCUCGUCUUUGAGUAUCUUUAAUCAAACCCCGAAAUUUAAAUGAAUUAUUGAAAAGUAGAAGAAAAAGGAAAAGCUAAUGGUUUUAGAGAUGGAAUCUACCGGAGAAGUUAGAUCAACGGCCGGUAACGGCGGCGGUAUCACGGUUGUGGGAUCCGACGCCCCGUCAGAUUUUCACAUAGCUGCGAGAUCAGAAAGCUCAAAUCCAUCCCCUAACUCCGUCGCUCCUCCACUACCACAGUCCCAUCACACGAACCAGCUCGCCAUAGUUGCUCCGACGCCGCAAAUUUCUAUGGCGGCGACGACGAUGAUGGAAGGUAUCUCCGGCGUACCGAUGAAGAAGAAACGUGGACGACCUAGGAAGUACGGUCCAGACGGAGCAGUUGUGGCGUUAUCUCCUAAGCCAAUCUCAUCGGCGCCGGCACCCUCGCAUCCUAUUCCGGCGAGUUCACACGUCAUCGAUUUCUCCGCCUCUGAAAAACGCAGCAAAAUGAAACCAACAAACUCUUUUAACAGAACAAAGUUUCAUCACCAAGUCGAGAAUUUGGGUGAAUGGGUUCCUUGCUCCGUCGGUGGUAAUUUCACACCACAUGUAAUUGCGGUCAACGCCGGUGAGGAUGUAACGAUGAAGAUAAUAUCGUUUUCUCAACAAGGACCGCGUGCCAUUUGUGUUCUAUCAGCAAACGGUGUCAUUUCAAGUGUAACACUUCGUCAGCAUGAUUCAUCCGGCGGUACAUUAACAUACGAAGGUCGCUUUGAGAUAUUAUCAUUGUCCGGUUCAUUCAUGCCUAAUGACAUAGGCGGAACUCGGAGUAGAACAGGAGGAAUGAGCGUUUCUUUAGCAAGUCCUGACGGACGCGUAGUAGGCGGUGGUGUUGCCGGUUUACUAGUAGCCGCAAGUCCGGUUCAGGUGGUUGUAGGAAGUUUCUUAGCAGGAUAAGAUCAGGAAGAUCAUAAACCGAAAAAGAACAGACAUGAUUUCAUGUUGUCGAGCCCAACCGCGUCGAUUCCCAUCUCUAGUACAGCUGAUGACCGGACAAUACAUUCGGUCUCGUCUCUUCCGAUCAAUAAUAGUACAUGGCCGACUUCUUUAGCUUCUGAUCCAAGAAACAAGUCUUCUGAUAUUAAAGUCAAUUUAACUUGAAAAAUCUAAUCUUCCUCUGUAUUUUUUUGUUCCUUACUAAGUUCAUUUCGGAUUUUCAACAUUAACCAUUAUAAGUCUUCUACUAAACUGGUAGUUUUAAGGGUUUAGAAGUCGUAUAAGCUGGUUCCAUUGUUGUUGCAUGAUCUAGCUUUAUUUUCUUCUUGUUUGUUUGGAUUUGAAUCAUCUUUUUUUGUUCCUUAAAAUUUGUUUAAACCGGUCAUGGUUCCAGUUUUGCAAAGUAUCCAUCAUCCUCAA